UUUUCGAUUAUUUUUCUCUUCCUUUUAUCACAAUAUUGUUUGUGUUAGAAUUGAUAGCUAGCACUGAUAGAACUUGAGAGAGGUUUAGGACUUGGAUUACGACUUGGUGUUUAGAGUGUUUUGGACACUCUGUAAGUAAAACAGAGGAGAAGGGACUGAAACAGAGGAGAGACCGCAAUACUUAACUUUAGAUUGUAGUAUUGCUUACUUGAUUACUUUGCUCGAUUCAUUAGCAAGAGCACAUACAUGAAUGUUGUUAGGUGUUGUAAGUACAUUUCUGGACCAUUAUACAAUCGGUUAAGUACAUUAUAAUUCUAGAAUAUACUUGCUACAGUAGUGAUAAUUCUAGAUCAUUUCUAGAUUAAUCAAGUUCAAUUUAGUUCUAGACUAAAUCUAGGUUAAUGUAGAAUUAUUUGGAAUUUUACCAAUGUGCAUUACUAUUAACAGUUUGCAUUAUUUUGACUGUUUUGAUCCUUGGUGAGUAUGUAGUCAUUCUGAUUAUAUCGAUCAACCUUAGGAAUUAAGCUGCAAAAUCAUGCGUGUUGUUACAGAUUUCAGAAACUUGGAAAUUGCCUGCAUUUAUUGUUAUUGACCAAGUGUUGGUAACAGGCCGGUAUAUUGAAACCACUUUCAAAUGGGCUUCACGUCUACUCCUCCACGCACAUACGAUGUGUUUCUGAGUUUCAGGGGUAUGGACACCCGUGAGGGUUUUACAGAGCGUUUAUACCAGAAACUGCGGUGGCGCAAAUUUGUUGUUUUCAAAGACGACGAAGACCAUGAAAAAGGAAUGUCUAUCUCUGAGAAGCUCCUGAGUGCAAUAGAAGAAUCAAAGACUGCCAUCAUUGUCAUCUCGCCAAACUUUGCUUCAUCCACCUGGUGCUUGGAUGAACUGUUGAAGAUUCUUGAAUGCAUGGAAGCUAGGAAUACAGUUUUGCCGGUUUUUUAUGAUGUGGAUCCCGCCCAUGUCCGACAUCAAUUGGGGACUUUUGCAGAAGCCAUGGUAAAGCAUGAACAAAGAAUUAAGGUAGACAAGGUGCAACUUUGGAGAGAUGCUUUAACAAAAUUGGCUAAUUUCGUUGGGUGGACUUCAAAAGAUUAUGGCUCUGAGGCAGAGCUUAUCGAUGAAAUAGUGGAACAAGUGCAGAAUAAGGUACAUCCUGCUAUCACCUUGUUAGGUUCCACAGAGAAGUUGGUUGGGAUGGAUUCUGAACUAAAGAAUUUUAUUCGGCUCUUAGAACCGGAGGCUGAUGAUGGUCGCUUUUUAGGGAUAUGCGGUAUGGGCGGGAUCGGUAAGACGACUCUUGCUAGAUUAGUGUAUGAGAGAGUUUCGCAUAAUUUCCAAGUUAGCUGCUUUCUUGCAAAUGUCAGAGAAGUUUAUAGGAAACAGGGUCUUGUUCAUUUGCAAAACCAGCUUCUUUCCCAAAUCUUGAAGGAAAAAUUUGUAGAAGUAUUCGAUGUUCAUACCGCAGCCCGUAUGAUUAAGAAUAGUUUGCAGAAUUAUAAGGUUCUUCUUAUUCUUGAUGAUGUGGAUCGAAUUGAGCAACUAGAGUCCGUGGCCGGAAAGGCAGACUGGUUUGGUAAGGGAAGCAGAAUCAUCAUUACAACUAGAGACCAUCAUAUGCUGUGCGAUCAUGGGGUAAAUAGAUUGUACAAGUCUGCCUCAAGAGCAUUAGAUGAAGCACUUCAACUCUUUAGUCGGAAAGCCUUUCACAGAGAUGAACCUGAAGAAGCUUAUAUCAAAUUGUCCAACUGUUUCAUCAAAUAUUGCCAGGGCCAUUCAUUAGCUCUUAAAAUUUUGGGAUCCUUUUUAUAUGGUAAAGGUCUAGAUAUAUGGGAUAGUACAUUGGUUAAACUCCAAAAAAUUAGUGAUCACAGCAUUUUUUCUGUGCUCAAAGUGGGUUAUGAUGGACUAAACAGGAAAGAGAAGAGAAUUUUUCUGGAUGUCGCAUGUUUCUUUAGGGGUGAACAACGGGAGCGAGUGAUUCAGAUACUAAGUUCCAACUUUGUUGGUGCUCAUGUGAUGGUAAAAGCUCUCGAGGAGAAAUCUUUCUUAACUUCAUAUAAGAACUGUGUGGAGAUGCAUGACUUGAUCCAAGAAUUGGGACGGGAAAUUGUUCGUGAAGAGUGUCUUACGAAGCCUGGUCGACGCAGUCGGCUGUGGCAUCAUAAAGAAAUUUUGGAAGUACUCGCAUCCGAUGAGGGUACAGAAGCAAUUGAAGGCAUACUUUUGAACUUGCCUGAUGAUCAUGAAUCAACAAUGAUAGAAGAUCGCUUGAAUCCUAAAGCCUUCUACAAGAUGAGCAAUCUGAGGUUUCUCAAAAUUCACAAUUUGAGGAUGAGCCUUCCUCUAAUCUCCAAAUAUCUUCCUGAUUCCUUGAGGCAUUUCGAAUGGAGUUGUUCUUGUCCAAGCAUAGAUGAUCAAGAUAGUGCUAGUGAGGAUUGGGAUGAGUAGAUGGAAUAGCAUAUUUUGCUUCGGAAUGGAUUAGUAAAGAAAUGCCCUUUUUACAUUCAUUAUAUUUGUCGCAGUGUAGCAGUCAUUUGGAUGCCCGGGCACCAUUGUAUCAGAUGGCUCAAACCAUUCAGAGCCAUGCUUUGUGUUUCCUUUUAGUCAUUUUGAUCUGUAAUUGUGUUGAUGUUUGUAGACAGUAUGGGGAGCAUGUCUCCAUGUAUCUUAAGGCGGAGCUAGUGAGCUACCUAGUAGCCACUAAUAUUUGUAUUUUAUUGACGCAGUAUAGUUUGAAUAGGGAUUUUACAAUUUCACAACAAGGAUUGAACGCGGGUUGAGGGGGUUC